GUCCAAAACAAAUUUUGCAAGAGAAACGCCAAAAAUUACACCAAUAAAAUAAAAAUAACUAAAAGUUAGGCGGACGAAGCGGCAAUGAUGAAUGUCGGUGCCGGAGCAGCCAGCGGCGACGAUGGAUCAUCCGCCGUGUCGCAGUGGAGUUUUACCGUAUGGAGGCAGUACCAACACAUACUGGACAAGUCGACGCCGCUAGUGCUCCGCCGCUGGAUCUUCUUCUCGAUCGUCGUCCUCAUCUACGCCCUGCGGGUGUACCUAGUCCAAGGAUUCUACAUCAUCACCUAUGGUCUCGGUAUAUACAUCAUCCAGCUCCUUAUCGCCUUCCUUUCGCCACAGGUUGAUCCCGAGAUCCACGAGCUUUCCGACGGUCCCACGCUCCCCACUCGGGGCUCCGACGAGUUUCGCCCUUUCGUUCGACGCCUCCCUGAAUUCAAGUUCUGGCAUUCUCUAACAAAGGGAUUCUUCAUUGCGUUUGUGUUGACAUUCUUCAGUGCCUUUGAUGUACCUGUUUUUUGGCCAAUUCUAUUGUUCUACUGGUUUGUGCUCUUUGUGUCAACAAUGAAGAGGCAGAUAAUGCACAUGGUGAAAUACAAAUAUGUCCCCUUCACAUUUGGCAAGCAGCGUUACACAGGGAAGAAAGGUGCAUCCUCAUCCGAGGAUGCACCGCUUGUACAGUAAACCAUACAUAAAUGGUAGUCUUGGUUUUCUUUGAGAAGCAGAGUCAGUGAGAUGGUUGAGAGCUUGUUUUCCGGCGGUGAAGCCAGACAUAUUCAGAAUUCUGAUUGGAAACUAUCAGCCCUUUAGUACAUCUCCUUAGUUUUCUUGGUGUUUCAAUGCCAGAGCUGCUAACUUUUGUGUUCUAUAAUGGUUGAUCCAUAGAUCCAAUAACAGUCUUGCAACAUUGUGUGUUGAAUACAUCAAUCAUGAAUGAUCAUUUUACUUGGGAUUUUUUCCUUACCAGUCCAAUAUAGAUAUUUUUGCACUUGUGUAUGAAUUAUUGAUUUUAUUAUUCUUUUAUUUGUAUUUAUAUGUGCAGUAUGUUACUCCUACUUGUUUUUUUUUCUUUUUAUAAUAAGCUCUCUCUAUUUAUUCUUUUGUGAACUACUCCCUCCGUCACACUACAUUUGUCCACUUUCAUUUUUGCACACCAUCCAAUGCACUUCUUUAAUCCAUUUUAUCUUGUAAUUUGUAUAUUAAAAAAUUAUAGAAAUUAUAUAUUAAUAAUCUAUAUGUUAAGACAAAUCAAACAAGAUCACACAUGACUAUAUU